UUGGAGCUUGUUUUCAUUGAGGGGGGAAGAACUCUUUAUCUUGUGAAAAGCUGGUCGUGGUCAUUUGCCUAACGAAGAUAGUUUUUGAUUUUGUUAUCGCGGAUACUUUUUAUAUUGUUUUUAUUUCAAAUAUUUGAAUUCGGAACCAGCUGGGCAGCGAAAUAAAGAGAUCAGGGUGCAUCCUGCAGGUUUUUAAACCCUGGCUGCAUUAUUCUACACAGUGAUCGUUGAAGUAUAUACCUUUCACUGAUUGGCCACAGAAAAGAUGACCAAGUGCAUUGUGAGAGGCUGCAAAACCAGGCAAAUCAAGAAGCAGAGGGCAGGGGAAAUUAGCCUGCAUUGCUUUCCAAAAUCACCAAAAAGAAUUCGCCAGUGGCUUGAAAGCACAGGACAAUAUUUUGAUGAUAUGGAAGCUAUUAUUAGGAAAAUAAUGGAAACUAAGGCUGGUGUUAAUUAUCGUAUGUGUUCUGUACAUUUCACUCCAGAUUGCUUCCAAAUGAUUGGAUCACGAAGAUCUUUAAAAAAUACAGCUGUGCCUUCAAUUUUCCCUCCUGUUGAUAACUCUUGGCCAAUAGAUGAGGCAGCACCUUCAACAUCUGGUUCUGCCAUGACACCUCUAACUAUAAAAUCAACCACACUACCAAUGCACCAAGUUAUUUCUAGGAAUAAUGAUGGUUCCAAAAUCUGGAGUUCCCCAUAUACGGCUGCUGAACAUACUUAUGAUGUGAACUUGAUUGAAAGAUAUAUAGAUGAAAAAGGAUUAACAACAACUAUUGAGCGACCUGUAAAAAGUAUAUCAGCAAGAAGCAUUGUGCCUAUUGAUCAUAUUCGAGAUUUUGAGAGUGUUUCAACAACACCUUCAUCUACUCAGUCAGCCCACAUGCAAAAGUGUACAAAAGCAGAUAAGCCACCAGUGAAGAUCAUUUCAGCGAGAUCUAUACUCCCAAUAGAUACAAGUCUAUUGAAAAAACAGGAUAGACCUGAUUUGGGCAGUAUUGUGUCCACUGAUUCAGCUGCUACUUCUUCUCAAAAGAUUGUGGAUCCAUUUGCAAAACAAGUUAAAUUUAGACCUAUUCUCCCAAAACCCACUUCUCAGCCACAAAAUCAAGAACAUUUAUCAGUGCCCUCUCUGAAUGUAAUAGGUCAUUCUUCACCUCUAAAAGCAUUGGAUGAACAAAACAUAAAUCUGACGUCAACUAAAUCCACGUUCAUAACUUGUAAAACAGUUGGAACGUGGACUGGAUCUUAUGAUGAUUUCAUGGCAGAGGUUGCUGCGUAUGAAAAAAUGUUUGCAGAAGAGGAUGCAAAUAAAGAAAAAUCAACUUCCGGAGGAAAUAAUAAAUCAAAGACAACAACUACAUCAAGGAUUUUAAGUUGUAUCAGUGAUUGGAAUGAUGAUGUAGAAGAUAUUAAUUCCCCUUCUGAACAGGAACAAACAUUGCUGCCACUCAUGGAUACAAGUAUGCUUUCUGGAGCACCAUCUGCAUUAGAUGAAUCAAUGCAGAACGUCACUACGGAUGUGGCUGACACUUCAUAUAUCUCUGAAAACGAGUCAUUGUCCGCUGAUGAAACAGUGAAGCAACAUGAGGCAUCGGCAAAGUUUGUGAAAGAACGCAAAUUCAUUGUGUUUGAGUCGUGCCUCGAUGAACUAUUAAAAAAACUCUCUUGCAAACAUGUAAAACGUUGUGAUGCAGCAGUGGAACACAUUGUCAAAUCCAUUGUUGGCACAUGCUUGAUAGUCUUUGGGGAAUGUACAAAUGGACAUAAGUCUAAACUGUGGCAAAGUCAGCCCCUUAUAGGAGAAACACCAGUUGGCAAUGUAUUAAUAUGUUCUGCCGUUUUAUUAACAGGAAAUUAUUUAACAAAAAUAAAAGAUUUUUUUGACAUUCUCUUUGUUCCUUUUGUCUCUACAAAAACUUUUUCUUUGUAUGAAAAUAAUUAUCUUUUCCGUGCAAUAGACCAACGUUGGAAAAAAGAGAGAGAUAGAUUACUUAAGCGUUUUUGUGGUAAAGCCAUUGGCUUGUUGGGGGAUGGCCAAUGUGAUACUACUGGCUUUUCAUCUAAGUAUUGUACAUAUACUUUGAUGGAAGAGAGUUCUGAAAAAAUUAUUGACUUGAACAUCAUCCAUGUUUCAGAGACCACCUCCUCUCUAGCCCUGAAGGCUAAAGCAUUUAGGAGAAGUAUCAACAAUGUCCUUAACGAAGGCCUUAAAAUUAUGGCUAUAGCAACUGAUCGUCAAGUUGCUAUUAGAAAAAUCAUGCAGGAGGAGUACAGAGAAAUCAACCAUCAGUUUGACCUAUGGAACUAUACAAAAACAAUUCAUAAAAAAUUGACUUUAAUUGCUAGAAAAACAGAAAACCAUCAACUGAUGCCAUGGAUUCCAUCUAUUAUCAACCAUUUGUGGUACUCCGCUGCCUACUGCGAAGGCAAUAUAAUUCUGCUUACUGAGUUAUGGAAAUCUGUUGUUAAUCAUGUGGCCAACAACCAUUCUUGGGAUAAUGGUAUUAAAAUUCAUAAAUGUCUCCAUUCAGACAUUUCUCAGGAUGAAACAAAGAAACGCCCCUGGCUAAGGAAAAACUCGCAGGCAUACUCUGAAUUAUUGAUGUUUGUUUGCGACAAAGAAAUCAUUCAGGAUCUAUUCUAUCUAAAAAACUUUUGCCAUUCUGAGAAUAUGGAACUUUUUCGCAGUUUGGUACGUAAGUUUCGCCCAAAACAUGUGCAAUUCAAGAUAGAUGCAGUGAUUGCAAGGACUCAGUUAGCAGUUCUUGCACAUAAUGCCAGCAUUGACCGAUUCCAGGGAAAGGUUAAGCAUGCAAGUAGAGUAAAUGUAGACCUUGAACAAGAAUGUUCUAAACAUUUAUUAUCCAAAAUGAAAACAGUGGGUCAAUUUAAUCCGAUUUAUGAGGAAACCACAAACCAAGAUAUGCUGCCGAUUAUGGAGGAUGUUAUCAAAAUGGUUCUUGCAGAGUAGUAGUGUGACUAGAGGGCAUAUUUGGCAUUGCUGCCACUUAAUAUCUCUUCUACAUGACAACCACCAACUUCAGAAUUGAUACUGCUUAGAGAAGUUAAUGUUGUGUUGUAUUUUUUUUAUUUAUUUUUUCUAAUUGCGUUUAUAAAAUUAAUAACAGACACUGUAAAAUACUUUUUUUUUUAGUCCUUUUAAUUUUGUUCUUUAAAAUUUUAGAUUGCCUUUCUACUGGUGUAUAUUUUAAAUAUCUGGUUAUAACGUUUAUUAAAAAAAAUGGCAAUGAAUACUGUUUAUAGUUUCACUUUCAUUUAUAAAAUGUAAUUAAGUUGUAGCUUUUAAAACUUCUUAUGCAAAUCUUUCAAACUUCAGUUUUAAUUACAACAUUUUUGUGAGCUAAUGGUUUUAAUUGCUCUCUAAUCGGCUACAAAAAAAGUGCUAUACUGUUCAAACUGUUAUCUUACAAAUAAAUAUGAGUUUUGAAUUGGGUGGCCGUAACACAGGUAAUUAGAAUGGCAGGGCUAAAAUAAAAAGUUACAGCGCAUUUUUAUUAGACAUGUUAGAUGUUAUGGAGCAGAUAUAAAGUCAUGGUUAGUAUUUUAUCCCCUAGUGUGUACAAAAAUGUGCAUUUUUAACUCUUCACAAUUGUAAAUAUUGAAGGAAAAUAUGAAUUUCCAAAUGGUAGGCUUACUUGCCAACUGAGAAGCUCCGUCUUCACGCUCUGAAGGCAUCCCUUGGCAGGCCACAAAGUAAAGCCACCUACCGCACACUAAAUAAAUAUUGCCGGUCUUGUGCUGUGCUUUUAAUAUGCAUGUGAAAAUGGUGCCAGCCACCUCUGAAAACAGCCCUGUCCCCUUUUCGUACUUUAUAAAUAUAAUUGUAAAUAAAAACAUCUCUUAGCGCAUUAA